AUGGUAACAAGUGGCCAAGGUAAAUUAAGCCCAAAAAAUCAGAAGGGUGAUAAGAAAAACUUGAGUUAUGAUAAUAAGACUAAUAAUAAUAUAGAUAUUAGCGUUGUGGAAAAGAGUGAAGGUAAUUGUAAAGAGAGUUAUGUCUUUUACAAAAAGGAUAUGUGUGAUGAGAAUAAUAAUAUAAGUAAUAUGGAAGGCAUUGAUCAAUUUCAUAAAUGUAAUAAUAAACAGAAAAAAAUAGAUACCACUACUAUUACUACAUAUAAUAAUAAUAAUAAUAAUAAUAAUAAUAAUAAUAAUAAUAAUAGUAGUAGUAGUAGUAGUAGUAAUUAUAAUAAUGAUUAUGAUAUUGAUCAGAAUAACAUUUUCCAAUGUCAUGAUGAUGAUCAUAAAUAUUUGGAUAAUUAUUGUGUGAAGGAUGAUUAUUCACAUGAAGAUAAUGAUCUGUGUGAUGACUGCAAUAAUAUUGAUAUUUUGAAUCUUGAAGAAGAAAAACAUUUUUGUAAUGUGUGUUUUUCCUUUUUAUAUUAUAAAAAAUAUUGUUUCUUUGAAUUGUUAAGAAUAUAUAAAAAUUAUUCUUGUCUUAAUGAAGAAGAGAAAAAUCUCCUUACAGAAUCGAUUUAUGCAAAGUUAUAUAAAAUGUAUCUAACCACAUUGAAUAAUUAUUAUUUUAUUCUUAAUAUAUUAUUACCUCAAAUAUCAACACAUAUAAUAAUACACUUGUUAACCUUUACAUUCCACAAACCAGAAGAAGAUGUACACAUGAAGGAAGAAUAUGUAAUGAAUGAAAUUAUAGAUAAAUUAACAGAUCAAGAAUUGAAUAAUAUUGACAAAGUAUACAAUUAUCAUCAUUUUAAUGUGCGACUCUUGUGUAAGGAUGAUGCUCUUAUUAUAUUGAAUGAGAUAAGAUCCAAGAUGAUCAAUAGUCAGAAUGAAAAAAAAAUAUUUGACAUGCUUAACAUGAAGUGUGCAGAUGUUAUUGUGGAUGAUAAGAAUGGUAAAGAUAAAGAUAAUGGUAAUAAGGAUAAUGGUAAUAGGGAUAGUAGUGAUAAGAAUAAUUGUAAUAAGCAUAGUAGUGAUAAGAAUAAUUGUAAUAAGCAUAGUAGUGAUAAGAAUAAUUGUAAUAAAGAUAGUAGUGAUAAGAAUAAUUGUAAUAAAGAUAGUAAUGAUAAGAAUAAUUGUAAUAAAGAUAGUUGUAAUAAAAACAAUUGUAAUAAAGAUAGUUGUAAUAAAAACAAUUGUAAUAAAGAUAGUAGUGAUAAGAAUAAUUGUAAUAAAGAUAGUUGUAAUAAAAACAAUUGUGAUAAUCUCUGCGAUGACAACAAAAUGAAUAGAACACACUUUAUGAAUAGUAACACAAAAAGGGAUGACCAAACAUGCAAAAAUACUAAUGAAUACAUUGACACUAGUUCUAAUCAUUAUUGUAAUAAUAUAGAAGAAGAUACAUAUAAUGUAGUGAACCAAGGGGUAGACCUUGAUGUACAUAAUAUUAGAGACUCAGAAAUUAAUUUUAUAGAUUCGAAAAAUAUAAAAGAUGAUCAUAAUGAUAUCAAAGAAAAUAUGUGUAAUAAUAACAAAACGUUACAUGCUGAUGAAAAUAUGCCUAAUGAUAAUAUUUGUGCGAGUGAAAAUAAUUCAAAGUAUGAACAUACUCCUCCUGGAAUGAGGAUAUCACAUGCUUAUACCCCGACAUUAGACGAUUAUAACUUAAUUCAAAAUAUGAGCAAGGUAAGAAGUACUUUAAGACAAUUUGUAAGAGAUUGGUCUAUGGAAGGUCAAGAAGAAAGAGAUAAAGCAUAUAUGCCUUUAAUAAACAGUCUAGAUAAAUAUUUACCUAUUCAUGAUAAUUAUAUUCCUAAAAUUUUAUGUCCUGGUUCAGGUUUAGGUAGAUUACCAUAUGAAAUAGCUAAAAAAGGAUAUAGAAGUCAAGGGAAUGAAUUUUCUUAUUUUAUGUUAUUAGGUUCUAACUUUAUUUUGAAUUAUUAUAAUGAGAAAUAUUCUUUAUCUAUUCAUCCAUAUUGUUUAUGCACAUCUAAUAGAAGAAGUAGAGAUGAUCACUUAAAAAUUAUUCAAUUACCGGAUGUAAAUACAUAUAAUAAAAUAGUUUUAAAUACGGAUUUUUCUAUGUGUGCAGGAGAAUUAAUUGAAGUAUAUUAUAAUGAUAAAGAAUAUUUUGAUGGUGUUUUAACAUGUUUCUUUUUAGAUACAGCCAAAAACCUUUUCAUGUAUAUACGAACAUUUGCAUCCAUAUUGAAGCCUAAUUCAUUAUGGUCAAAUAUUGGACCAUUAUUAUAUCAUUAUGCUGAAAUGCCUAAUGAAAUGUCUAUCGAAUUGGCUUGGGACGAAAUUCAAAUUAUUAUAUCCAAGUGGUUUACCAUAAAGGAAAUACAAUGGAUUGAUAAUUAUUACACAACCAAUUUUGAUUCCAUGAUGCAAGUUCAGUAUCAUUGUGUUUUUUUUAGUGCCAUCAGAAAUGACAUUCCGGUAGAUUAA